UAUUUCAUCCAUAAGUUCAUCCGACCUUGAAUAAGAUACGCCCACUUACUAUCCGGUAGCUUGUCUGUUCGAUCGCUUCCGAUUGCCUUGGACCCUAUACGUGCGAGUUUCAAAUUGCGGGCCGCAGCCAGCUAAACUCGUCUGUCCGAACAGUUGAACCAUAACCCUAAAUCGUCAUCAAUAACCUAAACGUGACAGGAAACCUAGGAUCAGAUGCCAAGCCUGCCUCAGUAUAUAUCAUGAUGCAAAGGUGAACAACUUGUUUAUUUUAGCUUCACCCGGUAAACUGCAUGCUGUGUGUGCGAAAGAGGAAAGUGUGAAAAGUGCUUUCACUGAGUUCGACAGAAGCUGUUCGCGAGGGAGUUGGGGAAGCACGGCACUCUGUCGUUACACUGACACAAUAAUUUAGGGCAACUGAGUGGAAGGAAGCGAGUAUGGCAGGUAAAGCUGACAACAAGGUCAUUGUUCUGAUCACCGGCUGCUCCGCCGGCAUCGGUCUAGCCACCGCGGUGCUCCUCGCUAAAGACCCGGAGCGACGGUUCCGAGUUUACGCCACAAUGCGGGACCCGACCGCGGAGAGACGGGGGCCGCUGGAGGCUGCGGCCGGCGGGGAAAGUGGCGGGAUUCUCGGUGAGACUCUGUUCGUUCGUGAACUCGAUGUCGGCCAGGCCGGGGACCAGCAGGGCGUGGUGGAUGAGAUCGUGGAGAAAGAAGGCCGCAUUGAUGUUCUGGUGAAUAAUGCUGGUCUGAUUAUAUGGGAAACCGUGGACUCACUACCGUCUCUGGACAAAGCCCAGGCCCUGUUCGAUGUCAAUUUCUGGGGGACAGUGAGAAUGAUUCGAGCCGUCCUUCCCUCUAUGAAGACCAGGAAGGCAGGACGGAUCGUCAACAUGUCAAGCGUCUUCGGCCUCGAAAGUCAACCGUUCCAGUCAUUCUACGCAGCCAGUAAAUUUGCUGUCGAGGGAAUCACCGAAUCGUUGGCGCCUGUUCUCAGACUCUACAACAUCUGGGCUGUCCUUAUCGAACCGGGAUUGGUAAAAUCCAACAUGACCAAAUCCGUGGACGACCCGUUACAAUUCGUCACCACCACGCCCAAAGAAGCGGGCUUUGAUGACAUCACGACCGCUGCCUUCCUCUUCCGGUUCUCAUCGCCCGAAGCCCAGCAGUUGAUUGGCUCGAUACAGACACCAGACGAAGUGGCGGUGGUCGUGCGGGAGGCCAUAGUCUGCGAGGAGCCGCACCUGCGGUACCAGACCAGCGAGUUCUCCAAGGCGUUGGCCGCAAUGCGACAAGUUGACGCCCUCGGCGAUAGGCACUUUUACUCACUUACCAAAACAGACUGAGCUAAUUUAGUUGGAAUGCAACGAAAUACUGCUGUAUUUUCGAGGAUAAGAAACCCUUUAAAAAUUAAAAGUAGUCACAAGUUGUAGGUUACAUUGUAAUCAACAAGCGAUGAAUUGGCGAUCAGAAUUCACAAUUUUGUUUUUAUGCUUAUCGAUAUAAUAUGGCACCUGUUCAGACCAUGUAUCGUCAUAUUGCAUCUGUAAUACAUAUGUUUUGAAAUAUUAGUUGCUUUUCAUAUUUGUGUACAAAAAACUUCUGUCGAGGAAUUUAAAAUUCGGUCUCCUUAAAGGUUUGCCGGUACGUUUACAUGGAACAAACGGUAAGUGUGAAGCCGUACGAUUUAUAUCAAACGAAAAUGAAAGAGUAAAGGUUGACUCCCUGAUAGCUGAAGAUAAGAAAAACGAUCAUUUCAAAUUAUUUUAUUUCAGUUCUAACACCAAUCAAUGUGCGCGCGGCACAGAAGAGGCUUUGGGUGCAGCAGUUGGGGGUCGGGCAGACGGAAACGAGUACAAAGAAAUGAGUUCUUAUUUCGAAACUAGAAUUGUUUACAUCUUAUUUUUGAUAUUGGUUUUUGAUAAGAGUGUCACAAAAGUCAUACUAAGUUUAUUCUGUGGGGAUGAAAAAGGUAAAAGGAUAUCCAAAAUAUUAGGACGCAGAUCUGUAAAAAGGCCCAGAGCUAGAAUUGCCCCCGCCCGCCAAUCACGAUAUUGUAUGGCCUCAAAUUCUCAGGCAUUACAGCAUUUGGCAGUGAACUUGAGGAUUUGUAACAACUUAUGAGGAUGAAAGCCGUACAGAGGACUGCGAGCUCCUAUUUCUGUGAAAUUGGAUGAAAUUAGGCCCUAAAAUGACUCUAUUUUGUGAUGAAGCGUAGGCGUUCAUCAUAGUUUUCGAAAUGUCGAUGGGCUUCAGGACUGGUUUAAUUAGGGGUGAUCAUCUUUGGAUGAAAUUUUCUCCCCAAAAUCAUUAACUCCAAAAUAAUGGACAGUAAAUAAAAGACGAUGAAAUAAGCUUUAA